CAUUCUCUCUUCGUGCUCCCAAGACGCAUAAAAAUUUAAGAGAAUGGCAAUGUCUUCUUCUAGUGUGAGUUUCAUGGCGGCACUUCUCAUUGGGAGUGUUUUAUUAUCGUGUAAGGUCGUGCCCACUUUGUGUAAGACCUACACCGUCGGCGACUCCGCCGGCUGGGGACUCGGCGGCGAUUAUGCAACCUGGGCUAGUGACAAAACUUUCAAAGUUGGCGAUUCUCUCGUGUUCAAUUACCAAGGGGGCGGGCACACGGUGGACGAAGUGAGCGAGAGCGACUACAAAUCCUGCGCCGCCGCGAAUUCGAUCAGCUCCGACAGCAGCGGCGCCACCACCGUCCAGCUCAAGACCGCCGGAAAGCACUUCUUCAUAUGCUCUUCCACGGGCCACUGCGGCCAGGGGAUGAAGCUCGAGGUCAACGUUGUCAGGGAUUCCGGUUCAUCCUCCUCCUCCUCCGCCACCACUCCGUCUUCCCCUGCCGCCUCUGGCGCCACCCCCGCGGCCUCUGGCGCCCCCCCUGCUCCGCCGUCUACGACGACUCCCAGUAAGAAAUCGCCUUCUUCUUCAUCGGCUGUCGCCGUUUCCCUGCCGUUAGCGUCGUUAUUAUUGGCGGCGGUAAUGAUAUAAUUGGGUUCCGUUAGUGAGUCAUGCUAGAAACUAAUCCCUCAAUUCCAGAAUAAAUGUCUAUAUUAAAAAUUAUUACGUACAUUACAUUUGGAAUGAUUAUAGACAUAAAUACGUCUAUGUUCAUUCAAAAUCUAAUAUAUCUGAUAAAUCAUAAUAUACAUUUAUUAUGAAAUGGAGGGAAUAAUUAUUCUUGACUUUACGGAUCACAAUUGUCUGUGAAUUUGUACACACACAAACGAUAAUCGUCUAUACACAUACAAAGUUUCUGGACGAUUAUCGUCUGUUUGGGUAUAACUUUACAGACGAUUGUCAUGUCCGCACUGUCCAUUGUAAUACUAAGUUUCUAGCAUUUUUGUUAGUAUUUAUUUGUGUGAGCCAGGAUAGAGGCAGUGCAUUUGCUUCUUCUUCUUAUUCUCUUUAUGUACUUUCAUUUCUUUUCAAAUUAUUCCAUUGCAUUUGCUACCCUAUUAUGUUGUGCUAUUAUUGUUUAAUUUCUUUUUGUACAUUUAUGGAGUGUUAUUUGGU